AUGAGUGACAUGAAAUUUUGCUGCAAAUGCAACAACCUUCUGUACCCAAAGGAGAACAAGGAGCAGAGGAUUCUUCUCUACGCUUGCCGCACCUGCGAUCACGAGGAGAUUGCAGAUAGUAACAUUGUCUAUAGAAAUGAGAUACGCCAGUCUGUUGAACGGCGCCCUGAAGAGCUGGAAAAUAUAGCUUCAGAUCCAACUCUUCCUCGCACCAAGUCUGUUCGCUGCUCUAAGUGCAAUAAUGGAGAAGCUGUCUUUUUCCGAGCAAAGGCCACAGGAGAAGACGACAUGUCACUGGUUUUUGUUUGCUCCAACCUAGCUUGUAGCCACCGUUGGAAGGACUAG